UGUAAUCCUAAUGCUGACAUUGCCUUCUUGGUGGACUCCUCGGGAAGCAUCUCCCGUGAAAACUACGAAAAAGUGAAAACAUUUGUGUCAAACCUCGCUGCGAGCUUCAACAUUUCUCCAGGGGGAUCCCGUGUGGCUGUUGUUCUCUACAGUACAGGCGCAACAACUGCAAUCAAGUUUGAUGACUUCACAAGCGCAGACUCGUUUGGGAGAGCAGUGAAACUCCUAAAACAUGAGCGCGGAUUCACAAGGAUAGAUCUUGCUCUUCAAAGGGCCUAUUACGACUUGUUCGGCAGACGAGGCAGUUCUCGGUAUGAAGUACCAAAAGUUGCCUUCCUCCUCACCGAUGGAAAACAGACGGAAGACUCCCAAGCACUCUCUCUUGGAAAGAUGGCCCGCCUUAUCAAGGAUCAACGAGUGCGAAUCGUUGCAAUAGGAGUUGGAAAACAAGUCGAAACCCAAGAACUUAUGACAAUUGCAACUAACGAAAAGGACGUCAUACAGGCAGACACAUUUGACGACUUAUUAGAAAAAGUGCAACCGAUCGCCGAGAGUGCAUGUGAA